CAGCCACAGCAGCAGCAGCAGCAGCAGAUUGAAUGAAGUGUGUUUGCAGGCUGCUGGCCACACGGAGGACACCGUGCUGGCCUGUUCAAGAUGUACAGCAAGAAUGCAUCAUGAUUCCAGCUCUUGAGAGGGCGGAUUUAAGCCUCGCUACAUUUCUUCACUAACACCCCCCUUUAAAAAAAAAAAAAAAAAAAAAAAGCUGCAGGGCCUUGAGAAAGGCAAUCUCCGCCUUGAUGGUAUCUGGACAGCAGCGCAGCGCUCAGGCGACUGGCAGCUCUCUGCACGGAUGAUAAAGAACUUGGGAGAAGGAAAUGGUCAAGAUGGCAGCUGUGUGCGGAGUGAUAAAGCUGAUGUGGUGGCAUUAGAUGUUGUAAUUUUGCUCUUUUCUUUUGGCAUGCACGCCGCAGGAUCGCGGUGCAGGACGCUUGUGGAGGAACGCCGUUUGGACUCUCUCCGCGGACUCUUCCUAUCUUUUCUCUCCACGUUUCGCCGGAAUUGCAAUGCAUGUUGGCCAGGGUGUGGGCUGUGCACGGGGAAAGGCAAUGUUUUGUUAAUGCUGGUGAGUCCGAUCGGCUGUGCGUGCUGCGGAUAGACGCCUUGCAAGGAGGAUAGAAAGACGGACACGUGUUUUCUUUUGGGGGGGACUUUGGGGGGGCUGCAGGCUGUACAUUUGCAUAUCGUGCAUAGUAAAUAAAACCGCCUCUGAAGUCUGCACACAACAUUGAUGGAAUGCGACCCGAGUGAUUUUAUAACCCAUUGUGCAACCAUCGAGAUAUUCAGAUUAACAUGGCUGAGGCGCCGCGCACCGGCAACGAGCCUCCUUCAAACGUUGAGAUAGAUCCGGAUUUCGAGCCCCAGAAGCGGCCACGCUCCUGCACUUGGCCCCUUCCCCGUCCGGAGUCUGGUGCGGGCAAGCCCGGAACAAAUGACACUGACGUAAUCCCCGAAGAGGAGGAUGAUGAAGGUGGCAGCACGGGGAGCGGCGAUGCUCAGAAAGCCAGCGGUGGCACUGGUAAAGCCCGGGAGCCGAGCAGCAGCAUCUCCGAGCCUGUGGAGGUCCAGCGCGGCCCCUGCAAGGAGGAGGCCACCGACGGAUCGCCUUCCUCCGCACAGACCCCCGCCGCGGCUGUGGGCGGCUCUGCCUCCCAGCAGCUGAGGAAGUCCUCCGCCCGCAGGAACGCCUGGGGCAACUACUCCUAUGCAGACCUCAUUACCCAAGCCAUCGAGAGCUCCCCCGAGAAAAGGCUGACCUUGUCCCAAAUCUAUGACUGGAUGGUGAGGUCUGUGCCAUAUUUCAAGGACAAAGGCGACAGCAAUAGCUCUGCUGGCUGGAAGAACUCCAUCCGACACAAUCUGUCCCUUCAUAGUCGCUUUGUGAAAGUCCAGAAUGAAGGAACAGGGAAAAGUUCCUGGUGGAUGGUCAACCCAGAAGGUGGGAAAGGUGGCAAAGCUCCCCGACGACGGGCUGUAUCGAUGGAUAACAGCAAGUACAUCAAAGGAGCCCGAGGACGUGCCACCAAGAAGAAAGCCUCGCUGCAGGCAGCUCAAGACGGCAGCUCAGAGAGCUCCUCCAGCCUCUCCAAAUGGACAGGAAGUCCCACCUCCCGCAGCAGUGAUGAGCUGGACGCCUGGACAGACUUCCGCUCCCGGACCAAUUCCAACGCCAGCACACUCAGCGGUCGUCUGUCCCCGAUCCUGGCCAACCUGGAGCUGGAUGAGGUGCCUGAUGACGACUCGCCUCUCUCCCCGAUGCUGUACUCCAGCCCCAGCAGCAUGUCCCCGUCCACGGGGCCCACAGGGCUCUCCGACCUGGCAGGUACCAUGAACCUCAACGACGGGCUCUCUGACAACCUGAUGGACGACCUUUUAGACAAUAUCAGCCUGACAGCAUCCCAGCAGCCUCCUCCUGGAGAGGAAGACGACGGAGCCAACGGUCAGGGGACCUCAGUGUUUACCUUCAGCUGCUCAGGAAGCGGUCUGGGUAGCCCCUCUGGCAGCUAUGGGCCUAACCCUCUUUUUAGCCCUCCGUCCAUCACAAGCCUGCGGCAGUCGCCCAUGCAGACCAUCCAGGAGAACAAGCAGACCACCUUCUCCUGCAUCUCGCACUUCAGUGACCACCAGACGCUGCAGGAUCUGCUCAGCCUGGACUCCCACAGCCACAGCAACGUCCUGCUCACCCAGUCUGACCCGCUGAUGUCGCAGGCCAGCACCGCCAUUGCCCUGCAGAACUCCCGCCGAAACGCCAUGCUGCUCCGCAAAGACCACAUGUUGGUGAACCACACCAGCGCAGGUCAGGCCCAAAGCUCUUCAGUGCCUGGUUGGCAAGCUGGCUUGUCAACCUCUGACGGCGACGCCGGCCACAACGACACCAAGCAGCCGCACCUGAAGUCUCCCAGCAAGAACGCCUCUAUGCAGCUCAGCUCUGGUUUGUCCGGCCAGGACCGCUUUCCCGCCGAUCUGGACCUGGAUGUGUUCAACGGCAGUCUUGAGUGUGACAUGGACUCCAUCAUCCGCAAUGAACUGAUGGAAGCAGAUUGCUUGGACCUUAGCUUCGACUCUUGCCUCACCUCUGCCCAGAACGGCAAUAGGAAUUCAGGAAGCUUCUCCAGCUCGAAACAGACCUCCCCUCACAGCUGGGUCCCAAGCUGAGAAGCUCUGUCGGAGCUCAGCAUGGCUUAAAAAAAAAAAAAAAAUGAAGUGGGGGGAAAAUGUAAAUUGGGGUUCGUUGUCCUGCAUUGUGCAACUAGAGGGAAGAAAGUAUGUAAAAGUGUAUUCAUGUAGUAUUUUUUUCCCCAUUAUUUUUAACGUGAGGCAUUAAGUUUGGUACUGUAUUCUAAGUGUCUGAGACACACUAUGGUGUCUUCACAGAGGAGAAAAAAACGUCUUUAAAAAGAUCAAUGCCUGGGCGGUGUGAACAACAGUAUUGACUGGAAUGGAAGUACAGGACAUUUUGUUAAAACUAUAUGAAAAGCAUCAACUCGUGUUAGUCUCAGGGAAUCACUCAUACAGUAUCACAAAGUGAUACAUGAAACUGACGAUGGAUUAUGUUUUCACCCUGCUUUCUCUCCUCUUUCACCCCCUUUCAUACCUAAAAACCAACGUUUUUGCCAAACCAGCUGUCAGCCUGUUGAGAGUGACAGCCUGUUUACAGAAAAAAGCUGCAGAGAAUGUUACAUAAUUACGUUCCAGUGGAGGAUACUUGACAAGCUUUUUUUUUUAUGUCGUUUUAUUUUCUACAGUUUCUUUGAGAGACGUAGCCUAAAUGGACUAAAAGAUUUAAAAACAAGUGUUAAUGAAAAACUUUUUUUGUUUGUUUUUUGUUUGUUUUUUUCCAUUGAUGCACAGAGUCACGCACCAAAUAUCAAUCUGUAGAGGUUAAUAUGUUAUCAAGAUGUGAACUGGUCUACAUUGUGUGGUUUUUGUAUGUAAUGUUUUAUUUUUAUUUAGCAAAUUUUACCCUGUGAUUUUAGUGACAUUACUGUGAAUUCUGUUCCUUCUGAAGAGGUGCAUUACUGAAGUCUUGAUAAUAUGGUGUUUCUGCUGCGGAUACCCUUUUCACCAUCUCCACCUUCCUCCUCCUCCUCUUCCUCACCCACUCUUACUGCAAUAUUGGAAGUACUGCUCAGUAUACAGAGUUUAGGACAGAAUUAAAGGACCGUGACAUGAUUUAGCUCUAGUUGACACCAUUUACAUUAGCAAACACUUAGAACUAUUUGGAUUAAAAAUAACCACCCUUAGAGACUCCACAGCACUCGACUACAAUAUUUUGUUAAUUUGAAGGAGUUCUUGGUGCUAUAAAUAAGAAGAUAGCAGGGAGUGGCUGCAGAUGGAGCAGCAUUAGUAGCCUCCCCUUGGUUAUCAGCACUAUAGCAGGUGCUGGGCAAAACGGUGUUUCCAACCCUGUGAGAGGAGGUUGUGUAGUAUAUUAGAGCCAUUUUUUUUUUUUUGCCAUUUGAGAAAGAAACAACCACAGUAUUUUAAAUAUUGCCAAAAUAUUUCUGCAUUUAAAUAAGUGGAAAUAAGAGGAUAUACAGUGUAUAAAUAUUAGGAACCAGUGCUAUAAGGUGCAAAAAAAUAAACAUCAGCACAGUUUUUGUAGGAACAGCAGGAUGAACUUUUUUAUUUUUAGUUUACAUUUUUAUCAGCUGGAAACUGUCCAUUUUCACUGAAAUUGUCUUCUUGUUAAAUUGAAAUCUUAUUUAUUUUUAUUUUUAUGCUUUUCCAUAUGACUUGUGGUAGAGCCGUGUAAAAGCACUUUUGUUUUAAUGGUCUGUUCGACAUUUCGACCACCUCAAUCGGGUAUUGAUCAGACUGACAAAGAACGGCAAAUGGUGCCUGAAAUAGUGCCCUCCAUUAGCGUUGUUGACAUUGAAAUGAACUGACAUGAAUUGAAUCCCAUUUGCUUAAUUUUUGAUUUUACAAAAAUCUAUUCUAUAACUGUGCUUCCAAAUAUGAUUUUGGUAGCUUCACGAGGAUGAUUUUGUUUUAAAAAUACAAGAUACUGACUUGUUUUGUUUUUUUUCUACAUUAAUUUUGAGUAACACUCACUGCCAAUAUUCAAACACCAUUUCUUCCUAUUGCUCCUACAAAAAAAAGAGAAAUCAAGUUGACAUUGCCAGUUGUAAUUCCAAUUCCUAUCUUGGUUGUAUCAGAGAUGGUGCAUGUAAAUAAAGCUUAAAGAACCACUGAAAA